AUGAAAAGAUUCACAAUAGCAUUCCGUACGCCCAUCGCCAGACGGUCGAUCCUACUACACUCGUCGCUACCACGCCGGUUGCGAACAGCUCACAACCCUUCGCGUCAGUCCUCAUUCUUCCACCGGCCACAGAUAGCAUCUCUCCUUGCCAACGGCUCUCGCAUAGAUACACAGUCCGCGGGUGUGCCUCCGAACGGUGCCAUCACCAUCAACGGCUUCGUUCGCUCAAUUCGUAAGCAGAAGCGCGUAGCUUUCGCAGCCAUUGGCGAUGGCUCCUCCCUCAGAUCACUACAAGCUGUCUUGACACCGGAGCAGGCAGAAGGACUCUCCACGGGCACUGCAGUCACCAUUACCGGUCGAUGGCAACCUUCCCCUUCAGGCAAAGAACAAUCAUAUGAGUUGUAUGCUCAAGAUGUGCGCAUUGCCGGUGACAAUGAUUCUGCCAAUCCACUUCAAAAGAAGUACCACUCGCCGGAGUUCCUAAGGACAAUUCCCCAUCUCAGAUCACGUCUACCAUUCCACUCACUGCUCUUACGACUUCGCUCUCAAUUGAUUGGGCACAUCACCACUUUCUUCGCUGAACGAGGCUUUACACAAACACAUCCUCCAUUAAUCACAUCUAGUGACUGCGAAGGCGCUGGUGAGGUCUUCUCUGUAUCACCUUCCAUGCAGGAGAGUAGUAGUGGAUCCAGCAAAGGUGGUUUGAGCCACUAUUUUGGCACGCCGAAGUACCUCACUGUCUCAUCACAGUUACACUUAGAGUCAUUGGCACAGGCUGUAGGCAGCGUUUGGGCGCUUUCGCCAACGUUUCGUGCUGAGAAGAGUGAUACCCCUCGCCAUCUCAGUGAAUUCUACAUGCUCGAAGCUGAGGUCGCCUUCACUGAAGACAUCAAUGAGAUUAUGGACAUUGUCGAACACCUCAUGCGAUCUUUGACUAAACAGUUGAAGCAUUCCUGGGUUGGCGAAGACUUACUCCUUGCCUGGUCAGAUAAAAGAAGUAAGGACAGUAGCGACCAGGGUGUCUCGGGCGAGGUGCUGGGCUUAAGAUGGGAAGCUCUGUUGAAAGAGCAUUGGCCUCGGAUUACCUACCAUCGAGCUAUCGAUAUGCUACAGAAAGCGGAAACAAAUGGUACCGUCAACUUCGAAUUCAAGCCUAGUUUUGGCUCUGGCUUACAAGCCGAGCACGAAAAGUGGCUGACCGGCGACCAAAUUGGCGCUGGGGCUUUUGAUGGACCAGUUUUUGUCACAGACUAUCCGAGAAACAUAAAGCCAUUCUACAUGCUACCCUCGAAUGAAAGUACAUCAAGCAGGGCUCCUACAGUCGCCUGCUUUGAUCUUUUACUCCCGGGGGUCUGCGAAGUAGUCGGGGGUUCUUUGCGUGAGCAUCGCCUCGAUGAGCUAAAGGCUGCUAUGCAGGAUCAUGGCAUGCAAGCGUUCUCAAGCGAAGCCAGCAACAUCGACUCUGAAGAAGCCAAUCGCUCACAGCCCGCACACGUAAAUUCGCUCCAGUGGUACAUUGAUCUUCGAAGCUAUGAGUCUCUACCGUCAAAUUUCUCACUGUCAGCGAAUAUGGUAGCAGGAGCUUUCGCAGGCAUCGCCGAACACUCCGUCAUGUAUCCCAUAGAUUUGCUCAAGACUCGGAUGCAAGUCAUCAACCCUUCUCCCUCCGCCGUAUACUCCGGGAUCUCAAAUGCGAUGGUCACGAUAUCAAGAGCGGAAGGAUUUAGAGCCAUGUGGAGGGGUGUGUCAAGUGUCGUUGUCGGUGCUGGUCCUGCGCACGCCGUAUAUUUCGCGUCAUACGAGGCAGUGAAACACGCUCUAGGUGGAAAUGAAGGCGGACAAGAAGAGCAUCAUCCGCUAGCAGCUGGUUCGUUCCUCGAACUCAUUCACCAGGUACUCGUAAUGACUAUUGCAAUAGCGGCAAGCGGAGCAGCGGCGACGAUAGCAAGUGAUGCCUUGAUGAACCCUUUUGAUGUUAUCAAGCAGCGCAUGCAACUUCAUGGAUCUGAAUAUCGAUCUCUACCUCAAUGCGCCAGGUCAGUCUUUCGCAAAGAAGGUCUAAUGGCAUUCUACGUUUCGUAUCCAACGACUUUAUGCAUGACAGUCCCUUUCACCGCGCUUCAAUUCAUGGCAUACGAAUCCAUGUCCAAAUUCAUGAACCCGACAGGUCGAUAUGAUCCGUACACGCACUGCACCGCUGGUGGGCUGGCUGGCGGCCUUGCCGCCGGGCUAACCACACCUUUAGAUGUCAUCAAGACACUUCUACAAACAAGAGGUAGUGCAACAGAUGUUGAGCUUCGUAAUGUGUCAGGCUUAUGGCAAGCUGCUGCUGUCAUAAAUAAACGAGACGGCUUCAAAGGUUUCUUUCGCGGAUGGAAGCCGAGAAUUAUCAGCACCAUGCCGAGCACUGCAAUAUGCUGGUCUGCAUACGAAAUGGCCAAGGCUUUCUUCAUUUCGCGCAACGAAGCAUGA